AUGUCUCAUAAUCUGUCAGAUGCAGGUCGUUUCCUACGCGGACUGGUUCAAGUUAGUCGACAAAUAGCUAAUGAAGCAUCUCGUUCAGGUGAUCUUCGUCACCGACCGUCUGCUGUGCUUGAACCAUUUGUUGGUCUUAUAUCGACUGGCUUAACACGAUUGGGAAGUGUUAAUGUUACGAAUGCUUUAUCUAAAACAGCAUGGAAAUCGAGUGUACUCGUUCGACAAACUGGUAUUGCAGCAAGCAAUGCCAUUCGAGCGUCGCCAGUCUCUUCAUCAAUAUCGGUACCGUCUGCAACUCAAAUCCCUGAAGAUGUGAUUCCGAUCCCUCCACAUGCUAAAAUUCAAUCUUCUGCAGUUAUAGCAACCACUUCACCGCCAUCUGAGAUCAUUCUACCGGCAACGAAUGACUUUGUUUCCCAUAAGAUGUCAAUUCCUACUUAUUCGGAGAGAGAUGUAUCAUCAGCGAAACCAUCGACCACAUUAGCAAAAGAUAAAAUCGCUAUUCCGUCGCAACCUAAACUUGAUCAUAUCGCUGAAACGAAACCGCCGACAGUUGCACCAUCUAUAGCAACGAAGAAACCAAUUCCUAUUUCGUAUACUUCAAUUGAUAAACCUACUGAGCCAUUGGCACUGAAAGUCGAACCAACUUUUUUCACGCCUUCUACAGAGAAUGAGUCAUCCACACCAUUAACAUUAGAAGAAAAUCAACCCCAAAUUGCGGUUCCACCAUCACCCACAAAUACUGAAGCUCAAGCACGUGCUGUACCAACUACACGAAUUGGUCGAUUGGCAAGCUUUGGUUCGUUGGCUGCCGGUCUCGGCGUUGGCGCUCUAGGUUCAAUGGUUCGUCGUUCGGUUGGACUUGAACCGACAUCUGCAUCACAAGGUUCACUUUCUCCAUAUUUGUCGAAAGCAAAUGCCGAACGCAUUGUUGACACUUUAUGUAAAGUACGUGGGGCUGCACUGAAAUUAGGCCAAAUGAUUAGUAUUCAAGAUAAUUUUCUUGUCCAAGAUGAUAUCCAAAAGAUUUUUGAACGAGUUCGUCAGAAAGCUGAUUUUAUGCCUGAAUGGCAAAUGAAUGAGGUAAUGACGAACGAUUUUGGUGCUAAUUGGCGUGAAAAUUUCGAAGAAUUUCAAGACCGACCUUUUGCUGCUGCCAGUAUCGGUCAAGUACAUUAUGGCGUUUUGAAAAAUAGUAAACAGCGCGUUGCUGUCAAAAUUCAAUAUCCUGGUGUUGGAAAAUCGAUUGAAAGUGAUAUUAACAAUUUGAUAACAUUACUCAAUUUUUGGAAUAUUCUACCUCGUGGUUUAUAUAUCGAGAGUGUAAUCAACGUAGCAAAACGCGAAUUGAAUUGGGAGGUCGAUUAUAUUCGUGAAGCAGAAUGGGGACGCCGAUUUAAAAAUUGGCUGAUUAACAAUCCUAUGUUUUAUAUUCCAGACAUAGUCGAUAAUUUAUCAUCGAAAAGUGUUUUAACAACAACGUUUUUCGAUGGAAUUACUCUAGAUAAUGCUGUCAAUGAAGACCAAGCUGUACGUGAUCGUAUUGGAACAGCAAUCUUGGAAUUAUGUCUGCUAGAAUUGUUCAAGUUCAAAGCGAUGCAAACCGAUCCAAAUUGGUCAAAUUUCCUAUUCAAUAAAUCCACAAAAACCAUUGGUCUCAUUGAUUUUGGAGCAUCACGAGACUUCAAUCCGAGUUUCAUUGAUAACUACAUAAAAAUCAUUCGUGCUUCUGCUGACAAUGAUCGUGAAGCUGUUAAACAAUUAUCCAUUAAGGGUGGUUUUCUUACGGGUUACGAAACGCGUGAAAUGACGGAAGCACAUGUCACUGCUGUUAUGAUUUUAGGUGAAGGUUUUCGUCAAGAUGAUGCAUUUGAUUUUGGUUCACAAAAUACAACGCACAAUAUUCAUAAACUAAUUCCAACUAUGUUAAAACAUCGUUUAACACCGCCACCAGAAGAUUCUUAUUCGCUACAUAGAAAAAUGUCCGGUGCAUUUUUACUUUGCUCAAGAUUACGCUCUCGGGUUUAUUGUAAACCACUGUUCGAACGUAUAUGGAAAGAGUAUAAUGCGUCAUAA